AUGGCUUCAGAAGACGAGCGGUCGAGAUCGCCUGCUCGAGACGCGCGACCCAAGAAAAGCAAGAGCAGUGGCUUCAAGUGGAAGGAGAAGCGAGGUCGAGAUGAAGACAGCAAUAGCAAUCCACGCGACAGCGGACGACGAGAGCGUGGAUAUCGAGACAGGUCACCACGGCGAGGCAGCUACCGAGAUCGCGACAACUACAGGCGCCGGGAUGAUUCACGUGAGCACAAGGACGACGAUCGCAGGAGAGACCGAUCGCCAAAGCCUAGAGAAGACGACCAUCGCGAAGGUGGUCGUGGUGGAGGCGAUAGCUAUCGAUCCGCACGCGAUCGCUCGCCGCCGCAAAGAGACGACAUGGCUUCGAAAUUCGGAGACUAUGUCCCUCGAGCCAACACAGCAGACAAGCCAGCAGACAAGCCAGCAGACGAAAGCAAGCCCGGCGAGAAGAAAAAGAAGGACAAGAAGGCAAAGGCUGCGCCAGUCUCGAAUGAGCCUAUGAUUGUCGUGAACGUCAACGAUCGACUGGGAACAAAGGCCGCCAUACCAUGCUUGGCGAGUGAUUCCGUGAAGGUAUUCAAGGCCAUGGUGGCAGCUCACAUUGGUCGGCAACCGCACGAAAUUAUGUUGAAGAGGCAGGGAGAACGGCCUUUCAAGGAUCAGCUGACGUUGGAAGAUUACGGAGUCAGUAACGGGGUGCAGCUGGAUCUAGAAUUGGACACGGGUGAUUGAGAAGUUCGGGGAUGCUCUGCAGAGGGUUAUAGAAUUCAUGAACGAGGCGAAGG